CAACAACGAAAAGCACACGAUCUUGCAAGACACGUCGCCGCUCCCAGAGACACACACACACGCACGCAAACACACACAAAAGCAGUGGUCGAACAAGGGCUUGCAAACCUACCAUCAGAAAAGCAGUUUCCAUACCCCGUCCUAUCGGUAUGGAUGAUGCUGUAGGUGCCAAACUCGAGUCAUCCACCUCCACCGUGCCGCUCAUGAACUGACAGCUUGGCAGACAUUCAACAAGGUCAAGGAGGAGAACAAAAAGCAGGUGCAAGACGUACUGGCAAGACAAGCCACCAUCAUUAAGAACAACGAGUCUUUAAUCGUCCCAUUCACCCGCGAGACUCUGAAGGAGGCUGCGAGCCUUCAUGACAAUGAACCGGACCGAGAGAGGUUUGUGCGGGAAUCCCUCAUGGGAUUCUGGCUCUCUCUCGGUCUGGGAGAGUGAGGGCUGCGACGGCGCAUCGGUGGGACUUUGGCGCGGAGACAAGAUGCCGCCGCCGUCACCACCACGCUGCUGAAGCUGGAGGCAGUUCACGUUGACGGGGAGCCUGAUACAACAGAGAACGGGAAGACACUGCGUUUCUGAGUAUCAACAAGCACCAGGCAAACGUGCUUUGCGACCAUGAAGCAUUGCCAUAGAGCUUGAAUCAAGGCUAGCCAGCCCUUGUCCUGAGCGCAAUUUCACCUCUCAUGCUUCGAGUCUCGUCUUUCUCCCCAAGCCUCGCGCCAGAUGUGGCCUGGUUCUCGUGCUUGUGCCGUGACUGUUCACGAGAUCGACCGUGAGUAACACGAAAGAUCAUGUUUCCAUCUUCAUGCGUCUUCAAUCGCGACAUAGAGCGGAGAACCCACGGUUUCUCGCCGUGGGAUAAGUCUAGUCAUCCGUCAAAUGAUCAGACGAGCCAGACCAGAGCUGCUGCCAUCCAGACUUGAUCGUGACGGUGCAAGAGAGUGGCGCCUGGGCUAUACGUCCUCUGCUUCCCGAGAUCGAGACGCUCCUCCAUAGCAACGCGUCGUCGUGUGCCCACUUCCAGUGAAUAUCGGCCUCAAAACACAUCGACUGUGUGCAGUGCCAAGCCUCAAUGCAAGUUGCCUCACCCCCUUUCGCACUUCGAAUUUCUUGGCACGACUACAACUCUUUCAAGACAACAACAACAUCACCACCACAACAUCAUCAUCGCCCAAGAACACUCGCACCAGCAAGCAGCGAGGUAAGUCACCAUGAGCGUGUGACAACUGUCCACUGUGAGCGUGAAUCUCCUCUGAUGAAUGAACAGUUUUUCUUUUUUUUUGUCGGCCACCUCAAUCUCUUUCCACAUCUUCGCCCCUCAAAGGAAUAACAAGACCACCAAGCCACCGCAAGACAUGCCGCACAUCAUCGUCGCUUGCCAGUGCCCCCAGGAGCUGCAUAGCCCCGGCGAGGUCAAAAAGUGCAAAAGCGCAGGCGCCGUUUUGCAAUGGGAGAGCCUGGCGAGGCAGAUCCAGCGCAAGAUCAAGCGAUGGUUUCGCCGCAGAGAAGAGCGGCGCAAGUGGGAGAAGAGCAUGAGCACACCAUACUCGCUCGACGGGAGACGAUUUGAGUGCACGCCAAGACCUUUCGUCUCUCCUGCGCCGGCACCAUACGUUCAUCACAAUUUCGACAAUGACGCGCUGACUGCGCUGCCACUAUACACCGUCGGAUGCCAGAGGAGGGCAGUGUAGAAGUUCGAGAGAGGGGAGGACGAGAGAGCUGGACGUUCACAAGUACGCCGCCGCGUGGAAUUCCUCCUCAUCGCCUUUCCAGUUCAACCAUGUAAGUUGCAUUUUUU